AUGGCAGACAUCCAGUCCAUCCUGCAACAGCGAGCCAAGGAGGCAACGCAAUCCAGGAGGCAGAGGGCCCUUGGGGGUAGGAGGGACAUGUCCCCAGGUGAGGAGUCCAGCAAGGACUCAGAUUCCAACUCCCAUCACUCACCUGGGGUGCCAUGUACCUCUGCCCUUGCUACGCCAGGGGGCGCAACUGAGACAGAGAGGAAGGCCAGAGAGAAGGACAGUGAAGCGGAGUGGGAGGAAGAGAAAGGAGAAGAAUGGAAGCUGAGAGUGCAGGACAGGGGUCAAGGGCUGAUUAAGGAGUCUCUCCUCAAGUUUGGAAACGAACUUGGGGAGGGAUCCGUUAAAGAAAGAAAGAAAAAGAAAAAGAAGAACAUCGCCCGGCGUCAGCCUGAGACCCCUGUCAGGGGGUCUGGAGAUUCCACGAAGGAGGGUGAGUGCUCCCCUGUAGAAUAUACAUACAAUGAGGAGGCCUUCCCGGCCUUGCAGACACCUGGGGCCAGGGAUGCAGACACCUGGGGCCAGGGAUGCAGACACCUGGGGCCAGGGAUGCAGACACCUGGGGCCAGGGAUGCAGACACCUGGGGCCAGGGAUGCAGACACCUGGGGCCAGGGAUGCAGACACCUGGGGCCAGGGAUGCAGACACCUGGGGCCAGGGAUGCAGACCCCACAGGUGGCAACACCUGUGUGCCCCAGGAGUCUGCCCGCCCUGCCUCUGUGGAAGUACCUGGACCCCCCACCGCCCUCCAUGGUGA